CUGAGGGUGAUAGUAGUAAAGUCAGUGGGAGGAGGUUCCUCUGGGAAGUUAAUUAGCCCCUGCUCUGCUGGGAGAACAGCAUUUGCUCACAAUUGCUGGACAGAGUUGCAUGGGACCAAAUUUCCACAAUUUGCCUCACACUUCUCCCCUCGGCUGCACCACUUGAAGCAGCUGAGUCUCCCCCUGUGGCUGCGGAUGACAAAUUUCUCUCUCUCUGGCUCUUCCUCAUGGUUUCACCCAGGGAUACACUUUGUGAGAUAAACCAUUAAACCAGAAAAGCUGGACAUCUGCUCCGUGCCGCAACAUGACUCUCUUGGGUUCCGAACACUCGCUGUUGAUCCGGAACAAGUUCAGAUCAGUUUUACAGUUACGUCUUCAGCAGAGGAGAAACCGUGAGCAUCUGGUGACCCAAGGACUCAUGCCUCCCCUGAAGAACCCCGCUGCAUUCCAGGAGCAGAGGAAGAACGUGGACCGAGCCAAGGCUGAAAACUAUCUAAAGCACAAGAUUAGAAGCAGGCCUGAAUUGCUAAAUAUGCAAAUCUUGCAAGAUCCAGCCAAUGAGAGCUCAGCUCAGACUGCCCAGCUGAAAUUAAAAAGGGCACGCCUUGCAGAUGACUUGAAUGAAAGAAUUGCUCUUAGACCAGGGCCACUGGAACUGGUAGAGAAGAACAUUAUUCCCAUUGAAACAACUGUGAAAGAGGCAAUUAAAGGAAAUCAGGUCCACUUCUCCAAACCUGUAGAUGCCUUUGCCUUUGAAGAGGACAGCAGCAAUGAUGCCCUGUCUCCAGAAAAGGAGUCAAGUGAGAACUCCCUGGUACUCAAUAAAGCAUCUGUUCAGGAGACCAAAGAUUUGGAGACCCUCAACUCCCUUCACUCAGGUCCAACACAGAACCAUUCCCAAGAGCAUGAUAGUGAUGCCCAAGAUGGAAGCUCUAUCCAAAGUCACUCCUGUUUGCUGCACUCUGAAAGCCAGCUGUCUCCAUCUGUGUCUGCAACUGCAGCAGUUAAGCCUAAAUCACCUGUAGAUGCAAAAAACAGACACAAAAAACCAAAGGAUAUCAAACCAAAGGUGAAAAAACUGAAAUAUCACCAAUACAUUCCACCUGACCAGAAGGCAGAAAGGUCCCCACCGCCUAUGGACUCGGCUUAUGCAAGGCUCCUCCAGCAACAGCAAUUGUUUCUCCAGCUUCAGAUCUUGAGUCAACAACAGCAGCAGCAACAUUUCAGCUACAAUGGGAUGCACCACUCCCAGCUCAAACUUCCAAAUGAUGAGAUUAUUCGGAAUUCCAAUACGUCGUCUUUCAACAGCCCCUCCUUGUCUCCGGUGAAGACCACGUUUUCUGGUCAAGCCAAUGUCUCUAUGAAACCAGGACUGUUGCCUUCAAAUCUAGAUGAUUUAAAAGUUUCUGAGUUAAGGCAGCAGCUAAGAAUAAGAGGUCUACCUGUGUCUGGUACAAAGACUUCAUUGAUGGAAAGAUUAAGACCCUUCCAAGAAUGUGGCGGUAACACUGUUCCAACCUACGGUGAAAUUACAACCGUGACUUUUCCAGUUACACCAAAUGGCACUCUCUCAGGCUACCAAUCGCAUGCUCCUGCAGGCAUGUUAUCAAAUGGAUUCUAUCAGUUUGGUAGCACCAGUUCCACCCCACCCAUAUCUCCUGCAUCAUCUGAUCUUUCUGUUAACGGAUCCUUAGCAGACACCUUCAGUGACGGACCAAUGUCUUCUCCACAGUUUGGCUUGCACCCUUCCCCAAUUCACCUAAGUGCAGAGGAAAGUCUCAUGAGUAGCAUGAACAGUGGAACUUACCAAGCAGAACUGGAAGGUAUUGAUGCCGAAAAGGACAAAAUGUUGGUAGAAAAACAGAAAGUCAUCAAUGAGUUGACUUGGAAGCUCAGACAAGAACAGAGGCAGGUGGAAGAGUUAAGGUUUCAGCUUCAGAAGCGAAAGGGUGACCCCCAAGACAAACAACUUGCAUCUCAACACUUUUUUGGGGUACCCAUAAAACAGGAAGAUGUAUCGAGUUGCCCAUUUGCCUCAAAGCAGAUUGCUUUGAAAACGCAAGUAAAUAAUCCAACUGAAAAACUAGGCGCAGGCAUGGCACAGCCCAUUACUUGCCUGAUCAACAAUCACUGCAUGGAUGCAUCAACCCAAAACUCAAUCAUGUCCUCCACUUUUUUGAGUCCUCAGUGCUCUCCACAACACUCACCACUGGGAACUACUUGCAGCCCUCAGCACAUAAGUCUUCCCCCGUCACCCAAUAACCACUGUCUGCUGUCGGUAUCCCCCAAUGUACAAGGAGAUAGACGUAGUGGUUCCCCGAACGUUAACAACCGUCUUCAACCUGCUCAGGGUGCUGGGAGUAUGACUCACUUUCCCCCAAAUCAGAAUAACCUUCCAUCAUCAUACAGUGAACAGACAGAGAAAAAAGGAAUCAAGGAGCUUGCCCCACCGAAGAGCCCAAAGAUGACUGUUUUACAGCCACUGCCCCAAAAAGGCCCAAAGCUUUCAGUUCCAUGUCAGAAUUUCACAAAAGCAGCCUCAACUGUUUCAAAGCAGCCACCCACGUAUGAGGAUGCAGUCAGACAGCAAAUUACAAGAAGUCAACAGAUGGAUGAGCUCCUUGAUGUCCUCAUUGAGACUGGAGAAAUCCCUGCCAAUGUCAAAGACGAUCGACCAUGUGCUCAAAAGCAUCAUCAGUUGAAUGUGCCGACUGCAAACUCAAACCCAUCAACUUCAAAUGUUCACCUUCCCUAUGACAAUUGCUCAAGCCAUGGUGAUGGCCAUCUUGAAAUCUUACUAAACUCCCACAGCCCCUUGGGGAGGACCAGUGAACUGCGACUGCUUAAAAUCGGUAAUGACGAUCCUCAGUUUGAAAGCGUGUUGAGUGGAUAUUCAGGAAAAUCAUCCAAGGAGAUUCUUCCUUCUGGAGAAAUCUUAGACGCUUCUCUUUCUUCCAUGGAUACACAAAUGUCCCCUUCAUCUGCAGAAGGUACAGCCUUACAACAUCUGAGUUUCACUGAAUCUCCUUGGGAGACUAUGGAGUGGUUAGAUUUGACACCUCCAAGCUCAGCUACUGGCUUGGGAUCACUUAGUACCACUGGUCCGAGUAUCUUUAACACCGACUUCCUAGAUGUUACUGAUCUCAAUUUAAACACUGCCAUGGAUCUUCAUCUAGAGCACUGGUAAAAGACUCAUCUGAAGACUUGAGAUUGACCAUUGGUAUCAAUUCAAAACAAAACCCUCAAACAUGAAUUUAAGUAGAUGGCAACCAAACUGCCGCCCAACAGUUACAAUAAUAAGGGUGACUUUUUUAACCUUUUCUCACUUACAUGUUUUCUGAUAUCUUCAUGGUAUUUGCUUCCAGACAAAGGAAUAUGUGUCAACCUGGAUGGCUAAAACUGUAUUAUAAGGGAUAUAUAUUGAUACUUUUGGAGUUUUUAUUUGUUUUACCAUUUGGGCAAAUGGAGCAAAUACAUGAUUACAGGUCCUUUCAACAUAACACAUUUUUCAGUGUAAUUUGGGCAUAUUUUCUCAUUCACAUAGACUUGUUUUGCGAUUUUUUGGUCAAUAUAACAGGUAUUAAAGAAACCACUAUGAAUAAAAUGGAUGCUAUGGAGCAAUACUCCUCCAGAGCUUUCCCUCAUUAAUAAUAUUACACUUAAAAAAUCUUUUCCUUUGUCCAGUGCCAGCCUGCCCUUCCUUGAACUAGACAAUGGGUAGGGUAAAGCCCAUAAAACCGUGCCAACUUUUUUGACUCAUCCUCUAACAGUACUGGGUCUCCUAGUAUCCACAGAAAACCUGACAUUUGAGCACAUUCUCACAGCAGAUAUAGAUAGAGUGCAAAACAGUGUCGUUUUUUUUUUAAAGAACCAGGGUGACGAUAAGGAUAGGCUGAUGGGAACUCUCCUAAGCUGGGCCCACUGGGAGAUCCUCAGGUUGGCAAGACCACAUAAUAAACAAGUCCUGAAAUGCGAAAGAUGCAAUCCUUACAUUUAAUUAUAUUUUUAUUCUCAAAAUAAAAAAUUCUCUUAAUCUGAAGUUUGAUAGCAGUCAACAAUGGUCAAUCAAUAUAUAUCGGUUAUUAAUGGCUAAUGGCCAGAAUUAAUAAUAAACUGCAAACCUAUGGUACAAGGGAAAAUGUGAGUGUAUAUAUGUAUAUAAGUGUUAUAUCUGCUCAUCUUCCUGUAUAGAAUAAUGUAUGUAUGUCCAGUAGGCUGUACCCUGCUGCACUUGUACUGUACUUUACAAAUCACCCCUGGAUAUUUUUCUUUUGCUAAUGGGGUAAUUGACUACAUUGAAAUAUUUUGUAACUAUUUUACUGGAAAAACAACACUAAAUUCUCACUCUCUCUUUUUUAAUAACAGAAUCCCCCCAACAAAAAAAUAGGAUUAUGGUACAUUUUGGUGACGUUUAUCUUUUACAGCAUGAUAUCAAAUUGUAAAGAAACAUUUCUGCACCCAGUUGUAUUAUAUCCAUUGUACAUAGCUAUUUUUGGAAGUUUUUUUUUAUUACGAAACCACGGUAUACAUUGAUACCAGCCGAGGCUUCGCUGCCAUUGCCGAGAGACCAUUCGCUGCAUGCUGUAUAUAGUUAGGAAAAGCUAGCUCACCUAUUUUUGUAAAAGUGUACAAAAAAUAAUAAGGUUCACACUGCACUGUUAGUAUAGGAAAGUUUCACCUUUUUUUUGUAAUGUUUUUAUAUGAAUAAAGUUUUAUUUUUACGAGAAAAACUUAGAACUCAUUCCAGGCAGACUCAGAGUAGCACUUUAUGUCAACCAUAAAUAGUAACCCUUGAUUACGGUGUUACUAUAUCCCUUGAUGAGUUGA